AUGAAGCUUCCUGCCGCUGCACCCGCUUCGACCGAGUUCCGCAACGCCGAGGGAUCUACCGUGCCCAAGGAGUUUGCUCUUGAGGCCAGGAAGAAUCCCGAGGUCAUUUCGCAGAUGGCAGAGUCGCCUUCGGAGAAACGUGACCUCGAAAAAGAAGCACUGGCGCGUCAAUAUGUGCUCAUCAUCGACCGGUCUGGAAGCAUGUCGUGGCCGGAUGGAAAGACGACGCGCUGGGAAAGUGCUCGCAAGGCCGUCGAGAAAAUCGUAGAGUCUGUUUUCAAGUACGAUAUCGAUGGAAGCAUUCCGCUGUACCUGUUUGAUGAUCAGGUUGAGUUUGUGGGGGAAUGUACGAACUCGGGACAGAUCGUGUCGGUGUUCAACGACUACCAGCCGCGCGGAAGGACAGACCUCGCAAAGUGUCUUGAUGUCGCCAUGAAGACCUACUUGGGCAAGAACAGGAUCAAUUUCGAGACCGUCCCCGGCACUACAUUCUUGGUGAUUCUUGACGGAGACGCCGAUGACCGCCAGGCUGUAAAGGAUGUAAUCCGCAAGUACGCGGAUCCAGCGAGUGGUUUCGUAGAAAACCACACAAACGCAGCUAUCAGCUUUGUUCAGAUUGCCGACGACCCGGGAGCGACGGCUUUCCUCAAGGAUUUGGACGACGGAAUUAUUGGAACUCCUGAUAUUUGCGACUUUAAGGUCGACAACUUUCUGAGCGAGAAGGAUGGGGUCGACCGCCUAUUGUUUGAUGCCAUCUUUGAUUGA